ACCAUUCGACGGGAUCGUCCCGCGGUGUCAGCACGUGGUUGUGCGAUAGAGAUUAGGAAGUAAUAUAAAGAACCCCUGUAAGUAAAUAUCCCCUUUGGAGUGAAAGGCUUCCUAGAGUUAGCAGACAUUCUAGUCCGGAGAUUGGCCGGACCCCGGAGCACGGAGGAGGAACGGAGACUCCAGCAGUAUUUAAUUAUCCCCAUGGAGGACCUGACCAGACCACCAGUGUUCUUCAAUAUAAUUCGACAGUGUUUUCGUUAACAUCGAGAAAAACCCAAGCAUAUUAGAGAUCUCGAUUAAUUACUACUGAUAAUUUAUCCUAGUUCCCUAAAGCAUACAGGACACGAACCCGUUUGAUGGACACUUGUUGCUAAUUUGUAAAGUGGGGAGCCACGUGGGUGGGAACACGUGUCAACAGUUCAAUAUCAAACAUGCCGGCGAUGAGAACAAAGGGGUAUGCAUUACUCAAUGCAAGUGCAAAGUGUAUUUGGCGGCAGAAAUGGAUUAUUGCGGGAAUAACAUUGGUAAUUAUUCUCAUCAUCAUUGCGAUAAAGAAUAUUAAAAGUGCUCCAUUGCCGCCCAGGGAUACUUACCACGAUGAUGUGUGGCCUGAAGCCUACAGUUAUGUUAUGCGAAAGUGGUUCAAUCACACUGGAGCUGAGCAAUGGUACAACAGUGAGGAUGUUAAUAUGUUCGAUGAGCGUUUAUUACAUGUUCUUCGAGGACAUUGGAUAACUAAGGAAAUUAAUAAUACUGUACCUUUUCCAUACUUCGGUUAUCGGGAGACGCACGAGAAAGAUCCGUCAAUGGGUCAGGCCCGAAUAAUCAGAGAUUACUUCAACAAUAAAACAAAUGGAUUUUUUAUCGAAUGUGGUGCUUAUGAUGGCGAGACUCGUAGUAAUACUUGGGUUUUAGAGAAACAACUCAAUUGGACAGGGAUUCUGAUAGAAGCUGAUCCAAUCAAUUUUACGAAAAUGUUAAAUAAAAAUAGGAGAGCAUAUGUGUCACCAACUUGUCUCAGCAUCAAAAAGUAUCCCAUGCACGUUCCAUUCUUGAUGGCGAGAAACAUCGGAAGAAUUCAUGCACCACAUAAGCAUAAUGAUCCGAGUAUAACGAAUUCACCAGAUCGCGCGCAUGAAGGAAUGCACGUGGGUGUUCAAUGCUUCCCUCUGGCUUCCUACAUCGCUGCACUUCAAAUCAAGACCGUGGACUACUUUAGUCUUGAUAUUGAGGGACAUGAAUUAGAUGUCCUUGAAACAAUCCCAUUCGACAGAGUUGACAUAACGACUCUCUCCGUUGAAUUCACUCAUGUGGAGGGGGGUAAACAAAGGUUGAUAAGAUUCAUGGAAGAAAAAGGCUAUACCGUACACGGUCUAGUUACAAAUGAAGACAACUUAGCAAAUGAUGUAAUUUUCGUUAAAAAGUCUCAAUGAGACUAUUAAUCAUAUUCCAUAUAAUUUAUUCAUAAUUGAGUAAGAUCCCUGUAGAAUAAAAUCAGGUUUUUUUGCUGGAGUGUCUAGGCUCUCCAUAAAUUGUGAUUGCGGGAGAAUUAGCUAUGUAACUUCAUGUAUAUAUUCUGUGACAAUUGCAUAGGUAUCAUAAAAUAAAUGUGGUUCUCGUUUAAUUGUG